AUGUCCGAUUUUUUUCGAGCGUUCAAUCAUAUCGCGGGGCAGAAACAGCGUGCUACUAUGGCAUGCCAAACCCAGGCGAAUGGAACAGCAGCAAGAAUGUUGCAGACUUUGACGAGGGCGUUGAAGAUGUACGUCACAGAUACGGAUCAGAUGGAUUGGGAUGAAUACGCUGAGAGGUUGACGUUCGCCAUUCCUAUGGAACAGGAUCGCAUACGGGGCGAUACGCCAUUCUACUUGAUCCACGGUUGGGACCCACGAUCGACGCUGGAAGCGAAUUUGGCUUUGGGAAGCACCAAACGACGGGACCAAGAUCCAAGGAGGUGGCGGUAUCGUAUGAAACGUCAUUACCAGAGAGCAAGAGAAGCCGUAAGGAUCGUCUACGGAUUGCGAUCCGAGAUCGGACCGAUCAACACAACGUUGAGGACGGACCACAUGGGAUCGAAGUUAGACCGCAAGUGUGGCUCUAUUUGGAUCGAGUGA